AUGGGUUGGGUGCACAAUGCCUCGCCCGAGGCCCAGGCGGCGUCACAGCACCAGGUCAUUCUGGGGGUGUGUCUGACUCUGACUCUGUUGAUGGUGGUGACGGUCUGUCUGCGGUUGAGUGUGCGAGCACGAGCCAGUCGAUUGGGCCCAGCGGACUAUGUGAUGGUGGUCAGCAUGAUCUUCAGCAUCAUCUAUAGUGCUCUGUGCAUUUCUCGUGAGUAUCAUAUCGCCCGUCUCGUGAGCCAGUCUCAAACUGAACUUCUCGUCUUAGAAAGUCGAUAUGGACUCGGGUUGCCGCUGAAACUCCGGCCCAAGCCGGAUCUCGCAACUUAUACCAAACUCAACUAUGCCGGACGCCCGUUCUACCAGCUCGGCAUCGCUGGAUUCAAAGCCUCCCUCUGUCUCAGCUACCUCCGCCUCCUCUCUGGCACCUCGAUGACCUUCUACCGGAUCUUCAUAUGGGUGGUCAUUGGACUGUGCACCGCGGGCCACAUCGCAGGCGCUUUGGUCUUGAUCUUGAACUGCUCGCCGGUCCAUCGCGGAUGGGACCCCACAGUCUCCGGAAGCUGCCUCCCCGUCGGCCCUACCUUCUACGGCCUCGCCAUCUUCACCAUCGUCGCCGACGUGGUGAUCAUCUUCCUCCCGAUCCCGCUCCUCCUCCGCCUCAAAAUCAAACCGGCCCAAAAAGCCGGCGUCGUGUGCCUCUUCCUGCUCGGCCUCUUCACCACCAUCUGCUCAAUUUUGCGCCUCACCCAGAUCCACCGCGUGGCUUUUGGCGAUGGAAACUCCACCAUGCUGGUGCUGUGGGGCACUAUUGAAUUCAAUAUCGGAAACAUUGUCACCUGUGUUCCUUACCUCGCCCCGCUUCUGAGAGGCUUCGCGCGUGACUUCCGCUCGACCAGCGGCCGGAAGUACGACAGUCGGGGGCGCAGCUACGGAAUGGAGACGUGGCCAAAGGGGCAGCAUUCGCAUCUGCAGUCGAAUGCAUCAGCGGCCGUGCCGAAGCGGUCGCCGAGUGAGGAGCUGAUUCUGGCGAGUCGGGAACACUCGCAUGGUGGGAUUGAGAUGACGGUGGAGUAUUCGGUGUCAUUGGAGAAUGGGUCGACGAGAGCCCGGUGA